AUGGAGGUCGACUACGACUCGGACUGCGACGUUGACGACUAUGACGAUGAUUACAUCUACGCCGACGCAGGAGCCUUUGACUUGGCAGAUGAACUCGCGUCCGGAGCAAUACCCGACGCACCCGCCUUGUACUACCGCGACGACGAGCUUGACGAAUACGACAACUACAACUUCUGGUCCGAGAUCGAAUAUGGCAACGGCGAAAUCUACGACCAAGAAAUGUCACAUCAAGACCAGGCAGAUGGUGCCAAGUCGAGCGACAAGAAACAGAAGUCGAGGGCUGCAGGAAUCAAGGACACGAUAAAGAAGAUUCGCUUGCGCGGCGUCCAGGAUUACCCGACCGUUCUCUGGAUGUCGUCGCAAGAAGCUUUCCGCCUACACCCACCUUGCCCCGUCUACGACAGACCUCAACAAGUCACGUCUCUCCUACCCAAUUGGCGUCAACUCCUCAAAGCCCGACCCGCCGCAUUCACCACUUCAUACAUGGCCAUCCAUUCUGCCAAGGCCCCCAAACGGGACGACGACUGGGAAGACGUGUCUGAAGGCAGCCAUGAACAAAAAGACGACGAAGAAGAUGAAGAAGAGGAGGGUGAUGACCACGACGAAGACGAAGACGAAGACGACGGUGAAGACACGGGAAUGCAGGACAUCGACCCGGAAAUGCUCAAAGCCGCUCUUGCCGCAAAAUUGUCGGCCUCGGGUAUGGCAGGCAAAGACCAGUCUGCCAUGAUGGAAGCUAUGAUGCAGAUGCUGGCUGGCGGUGGGGGUGCUGCCGAUGGCGACCUCCUCGAGAGUCUGACCUCGACCAUGCUGAAUCAAGUCACCGAAGAAGGCGGCGACUCGUCCAUGGGACAGUGGCUCUCUGCUCAAGGUGUCUCGCUCCAAGACGAUGAAGAAGAGGACGAGGACGUCACAACUGGCGCAUCAAAGGAUUCGUCACCCAAGGAUAGCGUCGCCGAGACACCUGCUGCUCCCACCUCCUCCGACAAACCCACCGAAGCGCUACUCGAACCACUAUCUACAGGAAGGAAGCGAAAGCACCCUCUGUCCGAGGAGAUCAGCCAAGACCAGACGACCGACGCGACCGACCCUGACCCAGCCCCCACUCGGAAACGAGCCAAGCAAGAUAUUGCCAAACCAUUACUCGCCUCCAGCCAACCGAAAGCAUCAACCCGCAAAUCAGCAGUAUCGCAAACAAAGACUAAGGCGGCCGAAGAAGAGCCCACUGCGAAGACCAAGACCGCUACAACUACCAAACCCAAGGUCGAGACGAGCAAAUCCACGAAAUCGAAACCCCCGAUCGCUUCGACGAAAGAGAAGACACCAUCAACUGAUGAGCCAGCAAGACCGACCACGCGAAAGCGCAAAGCUUCAGAUGAGCAGGUAUCAGAAGGCAAGCCUAAGAGACAGUUGCGCAAUUUCGCUGCACCAACAGCAAGCAGUCAAAGCAAGUCAGCCGAAGCCAAGGCCUCCGAGCCCAAAACGACACGAAGCGGUAGAGCCAGAAAGUAG